AAAUCUUUGAUGUCAAAUUCAAAUACUCGAAUACAGAAUAGCUUAUGUACAGCAACACACGUGGUUGUAGCCUAAAACUAUUUUGAACUUGACUUUAGUAAACAAACUAAAUUCGAGAUGGGUAAAGUAAAACAAGAACCAGUGGAACAAGAAGAGCAAGCCGAUGUCAGUAUUAAAACCGAGCCACAAAGUUACGAUGAUAAAGUGGAAAACUGCAGUAUAAUCGCUAAACCCAUGGCGUCGAAGAAACUCACUAAAAAAAUUUACAAACUCAUCAAGAAAUCAAGUAGUCAUAAGAACUAUAUUAGAAACGGCUUGAAAAUCGUGCAGAAGCAGUUACGUUUGGGUGAAAAGGGAAUCGUAGUGUUUGCUGGCGACAUAUCUCCGAUUGAAAUAAUGUGUCACUUACCUGCAGUAUGUGAAGAAAAAGAUGUACCAUACUGUUACACACCUAGCCGUAAAGACAUUGGUUCAGCUAUGGGUACAAUGAGGGGAUGCAUUAUGGUGCUUGUAAAAGAGCAUGAGGACUACAAAGAGUUGUAUGAUGAAGUUAAGAGUGAAAUGAAACUUCUCGGGCACCCAUUAUAAAUAUAGAUUAGUUGUAACUACUGUCAUUAGCUUUAAGAUUUUACUAUGUAAGACAAUAAAAAACUAAAUACAUCUUA